AUGGAAUCUCAAGUCGACCACCUGGUCUCCAAAGCCUGGGAGAAAUACCAGUCCACGCCACCAAACCAACGACUACUCAUCGCCAUAGGCGGCAUUCCCGGCUCCGGAAAGACGACCCUCUCUGGCAUCAUCACAACCCGGCUCAACGCCCUCGCAGCAGCAGCAGCAGCAGCCGCCUCGACCUCCACCACCUCGCCCUCUUCCUCCACCCCCCCAGCCUCGGCCCCGGCCGCCUUCGUCCCCAUGGACGGCUACCACCUGACGCGCGCCCAGCUGUCGGCGCUGCCCAACCCAGCCGAGGCCCACGCCCGCCGCGGCGCAGUCUACACCUUCAACGGCGAGGCCUUCCUCGCCCUCGUGCGCGCCCUGCGCGCGCCCCUGACGCCGCACACGCCCACCAUCCGCGCCCCGAGCUUCGACCACGCCAUCAAGGACCCGCGGGAGGACGACAUCGCCGUCGACCCGGCGCACCGCAUCGUCGUCUUCGAGGGCAACUACGUCGCGCUCGACCGCCCCGUGUGGCGCGACGCCGCCGCCCUCAUGGACGAGCUGUGGUUCGUUGACGUCGAUUUUGACGUCGCGCGCCGGCGUCUCGUCAAGCGGCACGUCCGUGCUGGCAUCGCCAGCGACGAGGAAGACGCAGACAGGCGCGCUCGUGAGAAUGACCUCGUCAACGGCAGGGAGAUUGUCGACCACCGCCUCGACGUUCACGAGGUCAUCGUCAGCCGGGAGGAUGGCAGCUGGGUGCACGAGUGA